CCAAGCCAACCCAAUUAGGACAACAAAACUCUGACGGGCCAACGCACUCCUGGUGCUGGUCACUGACUAUCGCUUGGUCAGUGGAUUUAUGCAGAUUCCUGGGCGGUUAAAGGAUUUGAUCCAGUGGGCCGGAGUAGGGGAGCGUCAUAUCUAAGCUGAAUCCGCCCUUUUUCAUCAGUUAAGGACAAGUGAGAGAGGCAAGCAACAGCAUCCCAGUCCCAAGUGCACCUCCAUCUGCCCGGCUUCACGAGGAGCUGGCCAGACCAGCGGGGACCGUGCAUCAGAAUGUGGAGAGCAUUGCUCGCCAAACUUGUAGUUUUACUUUUUUUAUAUACGCUUCAAAGUCACGCACAAGAAUGUGUGGCGGGAAAGUUCCGCUGUGGGACAGGCGACUGCAUCCCACAAGAUUACCGAUGUGACGGAACUGCAGACUGCACAGACCACUCAGAUGAGGCUGGCUGUCCUGAAGCUACCUGUGAGCAUGGUCACUUUCAGUGUUUGAGUGACGGAGAGUGUAUCCCCGGCGUGUGGCUGUGUGACGAUGAGGAGGAUUGUGAAGACGGCUCAGAUGAGCGACAGAACUGCCCUGCACGGACGUGCUCCAGUGGCCAGUUCAGGUGCACAGAUGGGGCAUGCAUCCCAGAGGAGUACAGGUGUGACCAUCUGGCUGACUGCCAUGACGGCGCGGACGAGAGGGACUGCCACUACCCUGGGUGUACCGAGCUGAGAUGUGCCAAUGGUGCCUGCUACAAUCGGAGCCAGCACUGUGACCAGUCACUGGACUGCCGGGACGGGUCAGACGAGGCCAACUGCACGCAAAGGUGCAGCAGUGGCAUGUUCGAGUGUGCCAAUGGAGCGUGUAUCCCGCGGCGAUACGUCUGCGACCAUGACGAUGACUGUGGGGAUCGGAGCGACGAGCAGAAUUGCACUUACCCCACCUGUAGAGGCACCUACUUCACCUGCCCCAGUGGACGCUGUAUCCACCAGGUGUGGUUAUGCGAUGGUGAGGACGACUGUGAGGACAACGCCGACGAAGUGGGCUGCGAUGCGGUCCCUCGGCAGUGCUACCCGGGAGAGUGGCCCUGCCCCUCCUCAGGGGUGUGCAUCCCCCUCCACCAGCUGUGUGACGGAACCCCCCACUGCCCCGGCGGAGAGGACGAGACCAACAGCACCGUCGGACGCAACUGCAGUAUCUGGCGCUGCGCCUCCCUGAGCUGUGAGCACCGCUGUCACAAGUCUCCUGAGGGAGGCACCUGCUCCUGUCCCCCUGGAUAUGUGGUCAGCAGCAACAACAGCCGCUCCUGCAACGACUUUGACGACUGUCAGAUGUGGGGUGUGUGUGACCAGCUGUGUGAGGACAGGAUGGGCGCCCACCGCUGCAGCUGCCGCGAGGGCUACGUGCUGGAGCAGCACCGCCACUGCCGAGCCAGCACCUCCUCUGGAGUUCCCUCUCUGGUCUUCUCUGACGGCCGAGACUUACUCAUCGGGGACAUCCAUGGAAACAACCUCAGGACCCUGGUCACUUCCCAGAACAGAGGAGUGGCUGUCGGAGUGGACUUCCAUUAUAAGAGCCAGCGCAUCUUCUGGACUGACACCAUUCAGAAUAAGGUGUUUUCAGUGAAAAUGGACGGUUCAGACCUACAGGUGGUCUUAAAUAUAUCAGUUGACUACCCCGAAAACCUGGCCGUGGACUGGGUGAACAAUAAACUGUAUGUGGUGGAGGGCAGCGUCAACAGGAUCGACAUGGUGGACUUCGAUGGGAGCAACCGCGUGACCCUAAUCGCAGAGAACCUGGGAAACCCUAGAGGCCUGGCGGUGGACCCUACAGUCGGGUACCUGUUCUUCUCCGACUGGGAUUCCUUGAAUGGGGAGCCUGGACUAGAGAGAGCCUACAUGGAUGGGUCUAACCGAUACGGCAUCAUCAAAUCCAAGCUGGGCUGGCCCUCAGGGAUCACCCUAGACAUUGAGGCCCAAAGAGUCUACUGGGUGGACAGCCGCUACGACUACAUUGAAACCACAACGUACAGUGGACUGCACAGAAAAACAGUGGUGCACGGAGGCUCCAUCAUCCCACACCCCUUUGCUAUUAGCCUGUUUGAGAGCACGGUCUACUACUCCGACUGGACCAAGAUGGCUGUUCUGAAAGCUAACAAGUUCAGCGACAGCAGUCCGCAGGUGGUGUACACCACGGCUCAGACGCCUCAUGGGGUGGCUGUCAUUCACCCAUACAGACAGCCAAAUGUGAGUAACCCUUGUGGGGCGGACAAAGGUGGCUGUGAGCAGAUCUGUGUUCUGAGUCACAGGACAGACAACGGAGGGCUGGGCUAUCGCUGCAAGUGCCGCAUGGGCUUUGACCUCCAUGCUGAUGGCAAACGCUGCGUUGUUGUUAGGCAAUUCCUGCUCUUCUCCAGUCAGCUGGCAGUGAGGGGGAUCCCCUUCAACCUCUCCGCUCAGGAAGAUGUCAUCCUCCCCAUCACGGGCACUCCCUCUUACUUCGUCGGGGUGGACUUCAGUGCUGAGGAUGACGCCAUUUUUUUCUCGGAUACCGCCAAAGACAUGAUCUACAAGCAGAACGUGGACGGAACCGGCCGGGAGGUGUUGGCCGCCAAUCGGGUGGACAGUGUGGAGGACCUGGCUUACGACUGGAUUUCAAAGAACCUGUACUGGACCGACCCGCGCUACCGCAGCAUUUCGGUCAUGAAGCUGGCCGACAAGUCAAGGCGGGCCAUCGUCCGGAACCUGAACAACCCGCGAGCCAUCGUGGUGCACCCUGUUGUGGGAUAUAUUUUCUGGACAGACUGGUACCGUCCGGCGAAGAUUAUGCGUGCCUGGUGUGACGGGUCACAUGCCCUGUCGAUUGUAAACACAACUCUGGGCUGGCCUAAUGGCCUGGCCAUUGACUGGAGCUCCCAGCGCCUGUACUGGGUGGACGCCUUCUUCGAUAAGAUUGAGCACAGCUCGUUUGAUGGACACGACCGGCUGUCCCUGGAUCGCAUCACCCAGAUCUCCCAUCCCUUUGGACUGACCAUUUUUGGAGGUUAUGCAUACUUCACCGACUGGAGGCUGGGUGGGAUUGUGCGAGUGCGUAAGACGGACGGGGGAGAGAUGGUGGUUAUCAGAAGGGGCAUCAGUCGCAUCAUGCACGUCAAAGCUUUCAACUCCAACUCCCAGAUUGGUGGCAACUUCUGCAACAGGCAGGCCAACCCUAACGGCGACUGCAGUCAUUUUUGUUUCCCGGCCCCGGACUCCCAGCGGGUGUGUGGCUGCCCGUAUGGCAUGAAGCUGGCCCCCAACCAGCAGACGUGUGUGGACGACCCCACCAACGAGCCCCCCACGCUACAGUGCGGCGCCAACUCCUUCUCCUGCUCCAACGGGAAGUGCGUGCCCCAGAGCUACCGCUGCGAUGGCGCGGACGACUGCUAUGACCAAAGCGACGAGGCCGGCUGCGGAACGCACAACACCACCUGUUCACCAACGGCUUUCACGUGUGCCAACCAACGGUGCAUACCCAGGAAUUGGCACUGCGACGGGCACAACGACUGCUCCGAUGGCAGCGAUGAGCACGCCUGCCCCACCCAGGUCCCCGGCACCUGCCAGGCUAACCAAUUCACCUGUGCCAACCACCGCUGCAUCCCCCAGACCUGGCGCUGCGACACUGACAAUGACUGCGGAGACGGUUCUGACGAGGCUGACUGCAACUUUCAGGGCACAUGCCAACCUGACCAGUUCCAGUGCCCAGACCACCGGUGCAUUGAUCCGGCCUACGUGUGCGAUGGAGACCGGGACUGUGCGGAUGGAGCUGAUGAGCAGGGCUGUGUAUAUAACUGCACCGCCUAUGAGUUCAAGUGUGCCAAUGGGCAUCAGUGUGUGAACUCCUUUUACCGCUGUGAUGGGGUCAAUGACUGCAGUGACCGAUCGGACGAGGUUGGCUGUCCUACAAGGGCUCCAGGCAUGUGCCACCAUGAGACAGAGUUCCAAUGCCAGUCUGACGGUAACUGCGUGCCCGCGGCCUGGGAGUGCGACGGGCACGCCGACUGCGCGGACGGCUCGGACGAGCACCAUGCCUGCCCGCCACGCACUUGCCCUUCCUCACACUUACGCUGCGACAACGGCAACUGCGUGUUCCGCGGCUGGGUGUGCGACGGCGACAACGACUGCCGGGACAUGAGCGACGAGCGUGACUGCCCCACGCCGCCCUUCAGUUGCCCCAGCUGGCAGUGGCAGUGCCCGGGCCACAGCGUCUGCGUCAACCUGACCCGCGUGUGCGACAACGUGCCCGACUGCCCCAAUGGAGCCGACGAGUCUCCUCUCUGCAAUGAGCCUCUACCAGACCAGGAGAGCUGCACAGACAACAACGCCGGCUGCACCGACGGCUGUAUCCAGGGGCCGUUUGGCGCCCAGUGCACGUGCCCCAUGGGCUUCCAGCUGACCAACGACUCUAAGACGUGCGAGGACAUUGACGAGUGCCAGCCGCCAGGCCUCUGCAGCCAGCACUGCUUCAACGAGAGGGGCUCCUUCAGGUGCCACUGUCAGGAGGGCUACACGCUGGAGGCUGACCAGCACACAUGCAAAGUCUCAGGGACGAGGGAGGCAUUUCUGUUGGUCGCCAGCCGAAAUCAGAUCAUAUCUGAUGACAUCUCGUCCCAGCCCAACGUGGUGCACUCCAUAGUGCGCGAUGGACGGAACAUUGUGGCGGUGGAUUUCGACUCGGCCACCGACCGCGUGUACUGGUCAGACACGACACAAGACAGGAUAUGGAGCGCCCACAAGAAUGGCAGCGACAGGACUGUCAUCUUUGACAGUGGCGUGACAGUCACAGAGAGCCUUGCAGUAGACUGGGUGGGCAGGAACCUCUACUGGACGGACUAUGUGCUGGAGACUGUCGAGGUGGCCAGGCUGGACGGGUCACACAGGACAGUGCUUGUCAGCGAGAAUGUCACCAACCCCAGGGCCCUAGUGCUGGACCCCAGAAACGGGUUUCACCUGAUGUUCUGGACUGACUGGGGCAGAAACCCGCGCAUUGAGAGGGCGAGUAUGGAUGGGAAAAUGAGGACCACAAUCAUCAGCAACAAACUGUACUGGCCCAAUGGUUUGACCAUUGACUACCCUAACAACCUCCUCUACUUUGCUGAUGCUUACUUGGACUUUAUUGACUUCUGUGAUUACAAUGGGAACAAUAGGAAGCAAGUCCUAGCUAGUGACCUGGUACUGCAACAUCCCCACGCAAUUACCAUUUUUGAGGAUUUUGUGUAUUGGACCGACAGAUUCGUCAACCGUGUGAUCCGGGCCCAUAAGUGGCAUGGGGAGAACCAGACGGUGAUGCUCUACAAUCUCCCCCAGCCCAUGGGUCUGGUGGCAGUGCACCCGGCCAGGCAGCCCGCAGGUGAUAACCUGUGCCAGUCGAGUCCCUGCACACACAUCUGCCUCCUCUCGGCCCUGGGCCCCAGGUUUUAUUCCUGCGCCUGCCCCUCGGGCUGGACACUGGCCGAGGACCAGCUCACCUGUGCCAGAGUGGAAGAUCCCUUCCUGGUGGUCGUCCGUGACAGCAUAAUUUACGGCAUCUCCCUCAACCCCGAUGACAAGAGUAACGACGCCAUGGUGCCAGUGGCCGGCCUCCAUAACGGAUACGAUGUGGACUUUGACGAUUCGGAGCAGAUGAUCUACUGGGUAGAGCAUCCGGGGGAGAUCCAUCGGGUGAAGUCAGAUGGCACAAACAGGACAGAGUUUGCCCCCGCAGCCAUUUUGGGCUCCCCAGUGGGACUGGCUUUGGACUGGAUGACCCAGAACCUCUAUUACACAAACCCAUCCUCCCAGUCCAUAGAGGUCCUGAGGCUGAGAGGAGAGGUACAGUACAGGAAGACGCUCAUCACCAACAACGGCUCCCCUACCGGUGCUGGCACGCCCACUGGCAUCGCGGUCGACCCAGCACGCGGGAGGAUGUACUGGACUGACCAAGGCACAGAGAGCGGCAUCCCAGCUAAGGUGGCAGCAGCUAACAUGGAUGGCUCUGACCCCAUCAACCUCUUCACUGACCGCCUGGACCACGUGGAGUUCAUCACCAUCGACAUCAAAGAAAACAAGCUGUACUGGGCUGUCACGUCAACUGGAGUGAUUGAGAGGGGAGAUCCAGAUGGGACAAACCGCAUCACCAUGGUAACAGGCCUGUCGCACCCCUGGGGUGUGGCGGUGCACGAGUCCUUCCUGUACUUCACCGACCGGGACUAUGAGGUGAUUGAGCGCGUGGACAAGGCCACGGGUGCUAACAGGGUGGUGCUACGGGACAAUGUGGCGGGCCUGAGAGUUCUGAAGGUGCACUACAGAGACAACUCUGCAGGCACCUCUAAUGGCUGCAGUAACAACCAGGCGAUGUGUGAGCAGCUGUGCCUGCCGCUGCCCGGCGGCCUCUUCAGCUGCUCCUGUGCUACGGGUUUCCAGCUCAACGCCGACAACCGCACCUGCGCGCCCUACCAGUCCUACCUGGUCAUCUCCAUGCUCACCGCCAUAAAGGGCUUCAGUCUGGAGGGCUCCGACCACUCGGAGGCCAUGGUGCCUGUGGCAGGCAGAGGCCGCAAUGCUCUGCAUGUGGACGUGCACAUGCCCUCUGGCUUCCUGUACUGGUGUGACUUCAGCAGCACGGUGGCGUCUCAGAACGCCAUACGACGCAUCAAACCAGAUGGCUCAGCCUUCCGUAGCAUCGUCACCUCCGGCAUCGGCCGCAACGGAAUCCGAGGCAUCGCUGUGGACUGGGCUGCAGGAAACCUGUACUUUACCAAUGCCUUCUUGACUGAGACGUACAUCGAGGUGGUCCGUCUGAACACCACUUUCCGCCGUGUGCUCCUGAAGACCCAAGUGGACAUGCCUCGCCACAUCGUCGUGGACCCCAAAAACCGUUACCUCUUCUGGGCUGACUACGGCCAGAACCCCAAGAUCGAGCGGGCCCUGCUGGACGGCACCAACCGCACCGUGCUGGUCUCCUCCGGCAUCAUCACGCCCCGCGGCCUUGCCUUGGACAGGCAGACCGGCUACGUCUAUUGGGUGGACGACUCGCUGGACAUGAUCGCACGAGUGCGGCCCGAUGGUGGCGAGACGGAGAUCGUCCGCUACGGCAGCCGCUACCCCACCCCGUACGGCAUAACCGUCUUCCAGGACAGCAUCAUCUGGGUGGACCGCAACCUGAAGAAGGUCCUACGAGCCAGCAAGCAGCCCGGGUUCACCGAGCAACCGGAGGCCAUCAGAGACAACCUGGGCAUGCUGAGGGAUGUGACGGUGUUCGACCCACACACGCAGCCCAGCUCGCCCCAGGAGCUCAACCACAACCCCUGCCUGGAGGCCAACGGCGGCUGCGCCCAUUUCUGCUUCGCCAUUCCCAGGUCAACGGAUAAGCAGUGCGGCUGCGCCUUCGGGAGCUUGGCAGCAGACGGCAGCACGUGCGCGGUGUCGCGGGAGGACUACCUCAUCUACACCACCGAGAGCACGGUGCGGAGCCUGCGACUGGACCCCGAGGACCACGCCAUGCCCUUCCCUGUGGUUAACGUGCCCCGCACCUCCGUGGCCCUAGAUUAUGACCGUGCCGACGGCAGGAUUUAUUUCACGCAGAGCUCCGGCGUGGGACACAGCAAGAUCAGCUACCUCAGCCUGUCCUCCCCCACCUCGCCAGCCAUUGUGGUAGCCUCAGAUCUGGGAGCCCCUGAUGGUGUUGCUUAUGAUUGGAUCAAUAAGAGGAUCUACUACAGUGACUACAUCAACCAGACCAUCAACUCCAUGGCUGUCGACGGCUCUAAGAGGACCACCAUCGCACGCGUGCCGCGGCCCAGGGCCAUCAUGGUGGAUCCCUGUAGAGGGUACAUGUACUGGACAGACUGGGGGACCAAUGCCAAGAUUGAGCGGGCUACUUUGGGUGGAAACUUCCGGACAGAACUAGUAAACUCCAGCCUGGUGUGGCCUAAUGGACUAACACUGGACUAUGAUGAGCAGAGACUUUACUGGGCUGACGCCAGCCUACAGAAGAUCGAGCGCUGCUCCCUCACCGGGGCCAAUCGAGAGGUGAUCGUGAGCACAGCCAUCUACCCGUUCGCCAUGACCCUCUACGAUCAGCACAUCUUCUGGACCGACUGGAACACGCGCAGCAUCUACCGCGCCAACAAGCACGACGGCUCGGACCAGCGAGUCAUGAUCCAGAACCUGCCGUCGCGGCCCAUGGACCUCCACGUGCUGUCCAACAGCAGGCAGCAGCAGUGCAGCAGCCCCUGCCAGCAGUUCAACGGAGGCUGCAGCCACAUUUGCACCCCAGGGCCACAGGGGGCGGAGUGUCAGUGCCCGUCGGAGGGACGUUGGUAUCUGUCCGACAACAAACAUUGUAUCCCAGACAACGGCACCCGCUGCCAGCCAGGGCAGUUUACUUGCAUGAAUGGACGCUGCAUCAAUGCCCAGUGGAAGUGUGACAAUGACAACGACUGUGGGGACGGCAGCGAUGAGCUGGAGAGAGUCUGUGGAUCCAAGACAGAUUUUGCUGCUUUUGUCCCACAAGUGGUAUCGUUCAUUGCUCUGUCAGCCUUCCACACCUGUGAUCCCACGGUGUUCACCUGUGGGAAUGGCCGCUGUGUGCCAUACCACUACCGCUGUGACCACUACAAUGACUGCGGGGACAACAGCGACGAGGACGGCUGCCUUUUCCGGCCCUGUGAUGCCAACACAGAGUUCGCCUGCAACAAUGGCCGCUGCAUCGCUAAGGAGUAUGUCUGCAAUGGUAUCAACAACUGCUUCGAUAACGGCACCUCAGAUGAGAAGAGUUGUCCUGAGCGCACCUGCCAGCCUGAACAGACCAAGUGCCAGAGCACCAACAUCUGCAUCCCUCGCUCGUACCUCUGCGAUGGAGACAACGACUGCGGGGACAUGAGUGACGAGAGUCCCACACACUGUGCCACAUCCACCUGUGGGCAGAAUGAGUUCCGCUGCUCCAGCGGCCGCUGCAUCCCGGCGCACUGGUACUGCGACGGAGGCACAGACUGCACCGACGGCUCAGAUGAGCCCUCCUCCUGCGCAACUAUAUUGAGGACCUGCAGCCCAGAGCAGUUCCGCUGUGAUGAUGGCCGCUGCAUCGCUUCCUCUUGGAUCUGUGACGGAGACAAUGACUGCGGGGACAUGAGUGACGAGGACCAGAGGCACAACUGCGCCAAUCGCACGUGUUCGGCCUUGGAGUUCGUCUGUGCCAACAACCAACCCCCGCAGAGGAAGUGCAUCCCGCGUGACUGGGUGUGCGAUGGGGACGCGGACUGUACCGACGCCUUGGACGAGCACCAGAACUGCACCCGCAGGUCCUGCGGCGUCAACGAGUUCUCCUGCAGCAACGGCCUCUGCGUGCGCAGCUCCUACAGAUGUGACAGGCGGAAUGACUGUGGGGACGGCAGUGACGAGCAGGACUGCACCUACCCAGCCUGCCAGCAACACCAGUUCACCUGCGAGAACGGACGCUGCGUGUCAAAGGACUUCGUCUGCGAUGGCGACAACGACUGCGGGGAUGAGUCGGACGAGGUGGAUCACCUGUGCAGGACCCCUGCCCCCACCUGCCCGCCAGGACAGUUCAGGUGCGAGAACGGCCACUGUAUCGCUAUGGUGAAAGUGUGCGACCGCACGGACGACUGCUCAGACAACAGUGACGAGAAGGGCUGUGGCAUCAACGAGUGUACUGACACCAGCAUCCACGGCUGCGACCAAAACUGCACCGACACGCCCACGGGGUUCCUGUGCACUUGCCGGACGGGCUACCGCCUCAUGUCGGACGGGCGUACGUGCGACGACGUAGACGAGUGCGUGGAGACGCCGGGCGUGUGCAGCCAGAUGUGCGAGAACACGGUGGGCUCGUACAUCUGCAAGUGCGCGCCGGGCUUCCUGCGUGAGCCCGACGGCCGCAGCUGCCGACAGAACAGCGGCAUCGCGCCCUACCUGCUCUUCAGCAACCGCUACUACCUGCGCAACCUCUCCACCGACGGCGAGUCCUACUCGCUGGUGCUGCAGGGCCUGACCAGCGCCGUGGCCCUGGACUUCGACCGCGUGGAGAGCCGCAUCUACUGGGUGGAUGUGAGCAGGCGCGUGGUGGAGCGCAUAUUCUAUAACGGCACGGGCAGGGCGACGGUGCUCAACGGGCUGCCCCACGCCGAGGGGCUGGCUGUGGACUGGGUGGGGAGGAAGCUCUACUGGGUGGACAGCUUCCUGGACUGCAUGAAGGUGUCGGAGCUGGACGGCCGCUACAUGAGGAAGCUGGCUGAGCACUGCGUGGACUCAAACAACACCUACUGUUUCGACAACCCACGCGCCAUCGUGGUGCAUCCCAAAUACGGGUAUGUGUACUGGACAGACUGGGGGGAAAAAGCGUUCAUCGGUCGAGUGGGAAUGGACGGCAACAACAAGUCUGCCAUCAUCACCACUAAGCUGGAGUGGCCCAACGGAAUCACCAUUGACUACACCAAUGACCAUCUGUACUGGUCCGACGCUCACCUCAACUACAUCGAGUACUCGGACCUAGACGGCCACCAUCGCCACACAGUGUACGACGGCAUCCUGGCCCACCCGUUUGCCAUAACCGUGUUCGAGGACAGCGUGUACUGGACUGACUGGAACACGCGCACCGUGGAGAAGGGCAACAAGUACGACGGCAGCGACCGGCUCAUGCUGGUCAACACCACGCACCGGCCCUUCGACAUUCACGUCUGCCACCCAUACAGGCAGCCAAUUGUGACUAACCCGUGUGCGGUGAACAACGGCGGCUGCUCCCACCUGUGCCUGCUGCACGCCGGGGACCACGGCCACACCUGCGAGUGCCCCGACCACUUCCUGACCCUGCAGCUGGGCGGCGUGUCCCGCUGCCUGCCCAUGUGUAGCAGCACGCAGUACCGCUGCGCCGACAACGAGCGCUGCAUCCCCAUCUGGUGGAAGUGUGACGGUCAGGCCGACUGCAGGGAUGGAUCUGAUGAGCCCGCCACUUGCCCCAUGCGACACUGCCGCCUUGGCCAGUUCCAGUGCACCGACGGCAACUGCACCAGCCCUCACUUCCUCUGCAACGCCAACCAGGACUGUCACGACGGCUCGGAUGAAGACCCUGUGCUGUGUGCUACACAUGAGUGUGAGGCGCACCAGUGGCAGUGUACCAACAAACGCUGCAUCCCCGAGGCCUGGCAGUGUGACGGUGAGAACGACUGCGGCGACGAGUCGGACGAGGCCCCCUCCCACUGCUCCAGCCGCACCUGCCGGCCCGGCCAGUUCAAGUGCCGCAACGGCCGCUGCAUCCCCCAGACCUGGAAGUGCGACGUGGACAACGACUGCGGGGACAACUCGGAUGAGCCGCUGGAGGAGUGCAUGGGGCCCGCCUAUCGCUGUGACAACCACACUGAGUUCAGCUGCAGGACCAACUACCGCUGCGUGCCACUCUGGGCCAUGUGCAACGGACACGACGACUGCAGGGACAACAGCGACGAACAGAACUGCGAUGUGCUGACCUGCGACCCGGGGGGUGAUUUCCGCUGUGACAACCACCAGUGCAUCCCACUGCGCUGGAGAUGCGAUGGUGACAAUGACUGUGGAGACGUCUCAGAUGAACGCAACUGCAGCCCGCGCGAGUGCACGGAGAGUGAGUAUCGCUGCGACAAUCUGCACUGCAUUCCGGCGCGCUGGGUGUGUGACCAUGACAACGACUGCGAGGAUAACUCGGAUGAAAGGGACUGUGAGCUCAGGACCUGCCACCCGGGUUACUUCCAGUGUGGCAGCGGCCACUGCAUCGCCGAGCGCUUCAAGUGUGACGGAAACGCCGACUGCCUGGAUUACACCGACGAGGCUUCCUGCCCCACCCGCUAUCCUAAUGGCACCUACUGCCCCCCCUUUCUGUUUGAGUGCAACAACCACGUGUGUGUGCAGCCACACUGGAAGUGUGAUGGUGACAAUGACUGUGGAGACGGAUCGGAUGAGGAGCUCCACCUUUGCUUGGAUAUUGAAUGUGAGCCGCCAUUCCGUUUCCGUUGUGGCAACAACCGCUGCAUCUACAGCCAUGAGCUCUGCAACACUGUCAACGACUGUGGGGACGGCACUGAUGAGAGACAGGAGCACUGUGUGGCCCCUACCCACGGGCCCUGUUCACCUGAUGAGUUUAAGUGUGGCAACGGCCUGUGCAUCCCGCUGCAGUACGCCUGUGACGACUAUGACGACUGUGGGGACCAGACCGAUGAGCUGGGCUGCAACGUCGGCAGUGGACGCUCCUGCGGUGAGAAUGUGUGUGAGCAUAACUGCACUGAUCUGCCAGGCGGAGGCUUCCUGUGCUCGUGUCGCCCCGGCUACAAACCUACCCAGACGGACAGGAACACCUGUGAGGAUGUGAACGAGUGUGAGGUGUAUGGCACGUGUCCUCAGCAGUGCAAGAACUCUAAGGGCAGCUACGAGUGUUUCUGCGCUCCGGGUUUCCGCACGGUGGGGGAGCAGCACGGGCUGGAGUGUGCCGCUGAAGGGAACCCCCCAGUCCUGCUGCUGCCUGAUAACGUGCGCAUCCGACGCUUCAACCUCUCCACCGAGCAGUACUCCGAUUAUGUUGACAACGCAGAGCACAUCCAGGCCCUGGACUACCUGUGGGACCCCGAGGGCCUUGGACUCAGUAUCGUGUACUGGACCGUGCUGGGACGCGGCUCUCAGUUUGGGGCCAUCAAGCGUGCAUACAUGACCACAUUUGAUGACCAAGGCAAUAACCCAGUGAAGGAGGUGAACCUGAACCUCCGAUACAUCGCCAAGCCUGAUGGCAUCGCUGUGGAUUCGAUUGGAGGCCAUAUUUACUGGACGGAUGCCGGUGCUAAUCGGAUUGAGGUGUCCAAGCUAGAUGGGCGCUACAGGAAGUGGCUGGUUAGCACUGAUUUGGACCAGCCAGCUGCCAUUGUUGUAAAUCCAUCUUCUGGAAUGAUGUACUGGACAGACUGGGGCCAGAGGCCUAAGAUCGAGUCGGCCUGGAUGGACGGGCAGCAGAGGCGGGUCCUGCUGGAUGAGGACCUGGGCUGGCCAACUGGCCUGGCUCUAGACUAUGUGAACGGGGGGCGCAUAUACUGGUGCGACUCCAAGGAGAACAUUAUCGAGUCCAUGACAGCAGAGGGCUCAGAGAGGAAAAUCAUCAUGUCUGGAGAUAUCGGCAAACCCUACAGUUUAGAUGUCUUCGAGGGCCACGUGUACUGGACCACCAAGGAACGUGGGGAGGUGUGGAAAAUUGACAAAUUUGGGAAAGGGGACAAAGUGAAGGUGUUGACAGUGAACCCAUGGCUGACUCAAGUGCGCAUCUACCAGGAGCACAGACACAACCACUCUGUGCCUAACCCCUGUAAGGACGUGUGCACUCACCUGUGUCUGCUGCGGCCGGGAGGCUACACCUGUGCCUGCCCCCAGGGCUCCAACCCUCUGGGCUUCCAGUCCAAUGAGUGUGAUGCAGCCAUUGAAGAGGCAGUAGCAAUGCCCCUUGCAUGCAGAUGCAUGAACGGAGGUACCUGUUACACUGAGGGAGACCAGCCUAAGUGCAAGUGUCCAUAUGGCUAUCGAGGCAGUUACUGUGAGAUGGGCAUGUCCAGAGGGGCUCCUGCAGGAACAGCUGUAGCAGUGCUGCUGGCAGUGAUCAUCAUCCUGGUGACUGGAGCGCUGGCAGUGGGAGUCUUCCUCAACUACAAGCGCACAGGCUCCUUCAUCCCCUCAAUGCCAAAACUGCCCAGCCUGAGCAGUCUCCACAGUCUGGUGAAGGCCAGUGAGACGGGGAACGGCGUCUCGUUUCGCUCGGGUGACAAUGUUACCAUGGACCUGGAGCCCCCUCCACUUGGGGUGUCGUUUAUCGACCGUGCCAUGCAGCUGGAUGAGAACUUUGCCAAUGCAGCACAGCAGCCAAUCACCUUUGAGAAUCCUCUGUAUUCUACUUCCGCUGGCACGUCUGGUGAUCCUGCAGUCAUCCACGCUACACAGGUGACGGUCAAUGUGAGUGGUGAGCAGAUAGAUAAUAACUUUGAGAACCCGGUGUACCACCGCAAACAGCAGGCGGUAGAGGUGAAGAGCACUCCAGUCAACACCACAGAGACACAGGUGUUUCCGGAGUCCAAGUGGAGCUUCUUCAAAAGAAAACUGAAACCAGGCACAACCUUUGAAAAUCCUACUUACUCAGAGAUGCAGGAAGAGCAGGGGGCAGGGAGUACUGGGGACUCCAGCCAGCCGCCCCCCUUCGUCCCCUCUAACAAACCCGUGAGGAAGGAGCGACCCAGCGCCUUCACCCCGACCGAGGACACCUACCGCGACACAGCCAACCUCGUCAAAGAAGACAGCGAUGUAUAACCCCACCUCCCACCUCACCCCAUCCCCUUCUGUCUCACAUAUGGGAAUCAAAGACACACUCUGCUUUGCACAGAAUCUAUUUUUAUACACAGCCUGAGUACAAAAGAAAUAAAAUUUAAGAUUAUUUUAAGAAAGACAAGUAAAGAAAAAAAGAGAAGAAAACUGCUGUAGACAUGGAGAGAAAAGAGAGGUCUUUCAUGACGAUGCCUUCUGAUAUUUCUUAUGCCAAUUCUUGUUUUGUGAUUUUUUUUUUAUUAUUGUGAUGUACUAUAUGUAUAUCUUUGCACUGAUGCUGCUGAUAGUGAUGUUAUAAAUAUGUUGUAUAUUUGUAAAUUUGAAGAAAAAAAAAAGAUUUUGUUGAUAAGAUCUGGAAAAUAGAUGAUUCCUAUUCAUAGCAAUUCAAGAAGAUGCAUAUCUUUUGGAUGGGUUAAAUGCAUUGAGAACAAAAGUAUAUUAUGUGUAACAAAGUUUUAAACAUUCUUCAGUCUAUACUUUGCCACUUAACUGAAAC